GUAGCCACGGGGCAGGCAGGCUGGUUGGCUCUCUCCAGCUCCUGCUGGGCCUAGAGUGCUGGACCUGCAGCAGCCGGCUCGGCUCAGGCACUCCGCUCCAGCCCCACACCUCACCAUGGCCAUGGAGGUAGACAGCAGGCCUGGGGGGCUCCCCAGCAGUGGUUGCGAACUGGGCGCAGCUCGCCAGCACAUGCAGGCGGUCACCCGAAACUACAUUACUCACCCCCGUGUCACCUACAGGACCGUGUGCAGCGUCAAUGGGCCCCUGGUGGUGCUGGACCAGGUCAAGUUCGCCCAGUAUGCUGAGAUCGUCAACUUCACCCUCCCAGAUGGGACUCAGAGGAGUGGGCAGGUGCUUGAGGUGUCGGGGAGCAAGGCAAUUGUUCAGGUGUUUGAAGGGACCUCUGGGAUUGAUGCUCGGAAGACCACCUGCGAAUUCACAGGGGACAUCCUACGGUCUCCGGUGUCAGAGGACAUGCUGGGUCGGAUUUUCAAUGGUUCUGGCAAACCCAUUGACAAGGGACCGAUGGUCAUGGCGGAGGACUUCCUCGAUAUCAAUGGCCAGCCCAUCAACCCCUACGACCGCAUCUACCCUGAGGAGAUGAUCCAGACGGGCAUCUCUCCCAUCGACGUCAUGAACAGCAUUGCCCGUGGCCAGAAGAUUCCCAUCUUCUCAGCAGCUGGGCUCCCCCACAAUGAGAUCGCUGCCCAGAUCUGCCGCCAGGCCGGGCUAGUGAAGAAAUCCAAGGCCGUGGUGGAUUAUCACGACGACAACUUUGCCAUCGUCUUUGCAGCCAUGGGGGUGAACAUGGAGACAGCGAGGUUCUUCAAGUCCGACUUCGAGCAGAAUGGGACCAUGGGGAACGUCUGCCUCUUCCUGAACUUGGCCAACGACCCCACCAUCGAGAGGAUCAUCACCCCUCGCCUGGCACUGACCGCUGCUGAAUUCCUCGCCUACCAGUGCGAGAAGCACGUGCUGGUCAUACUCACCGACAUGAGCUCCUACGCCGAGGCCUUGCGGGAGGUCUCAGCUGCCAGAGAGGAGGUGCCGGGGCGCCGGGGCUUUCCCGGAUACAUGUACACAGACCUGGCCACCAUCUACGAGCGGGCGGGCCGUGUGUCGGGCCGGGGCGGGUCCAUCACUCAGAUCCCCAUCCUCACCAUGCCCAAUGACGAUAUCACCCACCCGAUCCCAGACCUGACCGGCUUCAUCACAGAGGGGCAGAUCUACGUGGACAGACAGCUUCAUAACAGACAGAUCUACCCCCCCAUCAACGUGCUCCCUUCCCUGUCGCGACUGAUGAAGUCCGCCAUUGGUGAGGGCAUGACAAGAAAGGACCAUGGCGAUGUCUCUAACCAGCUGUACGCCUGCUACGCCAUCGGCAAGGAUGUGCAGGCCAUGAAGGCCGUGGUGGGGGAAGAGGCGCUCACUUCCGAGGACCUGCUCUACCUGGAAUUCCUGCAGAAGUUCGAAAAGAAUUUCAUCAACCAGGGCCCCUACGAGAACCGCUCGGUGUUCGAGUCGCUGGACCUGGGCUGGAAGCUGUUGCGCAUCUUCCCCAAGGAGAUGCUGAAGCGCAUCCCGCAGAGCGUGGUCGAUGAGUUCUACUCCCGCGAGGCGGCGCCGCAGGACACCACGUCCGACACUGCAUUCUAGCCCCGUUCGCGGCACCGCCCUGGGACCCCUGCCCCCCGCAUCACGCCCAUGCACCCCUCUUCCCCCGCUCCGCCCCCCCCCAUCCUGAAGGUUCCAUACACCUGAGCCAACCGCGCCACCCUGAGCCCCCGCCGGCUCCGCUCCAUCCCUCUCCCUGGCUUCCUAGCGCUGGGAAAGAACAGAUUGUCAAGCCUGUGUUCUGUCUUGUUCUGACAGGAGCAUUAGUAUUUGUGUUUUAAAAGCCCCCAAAUGAAAAGUAAUGGAGGUGAAGAGUUUCUCUUAUGUGCAAACAAGAUUGGCAAAGCACUGCUACUGGUUCAAGCUGGGAUGAUGGGUACAGGAGGUUCGUUAAAUUUUUCUCUCCACUUUAAAAACAGACAAGAAAGCCUCGCCACAUCCGUGUCUUCUAACAGCUGGCAGCAGAAUUUCUCUUCGGAAGAUAUUUAUCUUUGUUAGGAAAUAUCUUGAUACAUUUCUUGGGUGGAGGAUGGGCUCCAGGCCACAAAAGAUUCGUCUGACGCUCACCAGCUCUGCCUGAGAGAGGCUAGGGAAGAGUCCGGUGUGCUCCAGACAGGAAGGGAAGGGGAGUUGCUGGAGAGAGAGCCUGCGUGACCUGGGGAGGGGGGUGAAAGGCUGAGAAGCCCCCAGUUAAAAAUGGGUGAAGAGCAUCCAGGAUACUGGAUGUUGCUUUGAAAGCUGCUGCCCUUCUUUAACGCCAUCCCUCCUGUCUCCUCGGCCCCAUCUACAAUGAAGCCAUGAACACUUACUUGCUAAGAGGCAAGGAGGACUGGAGGAAUGGAACUUCCGGAAAAGGGCUGAGUUCCAUUUCUGGGUCCUUGUGUUGUGGGACCAGCCAGAAUUCUUGGAUCAAGAUCUGACAUCACAGGAGACCCUGGGGAUAAAAGUCCCAUUCCCAUGACAACUCACAGCCAUUUAGGGAAAGCUUUUGGGUAUCCACAGGGCAUAGGGUUGUUUUCAUUUAAUAACAGUGUCAUUGAGACUUAAUUUACAUACUCUACAAUUUACCGAUUUGUUACUGUACAAUUCAACACCUUCUAGCAUAUUCACAGAGUUGUGCAACCAUCACCACAAUCAACUUUAGAACAUUUCCAUUGCGUCAAAAAGAAACCCUGUCCUGCUAACCAACCCCUCAAACCCCUGUCGGCCCCUUCCCAAGCCCUAGGCUUUGCCUAUUCUGAACAUUUCGGCCAGUGUUGCUCAGUGGUUGAGUGUCAACCUAUGAUCCAGGAGGUCACGGUACGAUUUCUAGUCAGGGCCCAUGCCCAGGUUGUGGGCUUGAUCCCCAGUGUGGGGCCUGCAGGAGGCAGCAGAACAAUGAUCCUCUCUCAUCAUUGAUGCUUUUCUCUCUCCUCUCUUCCUCUCUGAAAUCAAUACAAAUAUAUUUAAAUUGGA